AUGGCCACCAAAUUCUCCGCCGACUACGCCAAGCGUGUCUCGGCCUGCAAGAAAUGCAAGCUGCAACUGCCGAAAGGGGAGCUCCGAAUUGCCAAGCACACGCCGAAUCCAUUUGUACAAAAUGCCGAGGGCCCGCCGCCGGAUAUGAAACAAUACUAUCAUGCGAGAUGCUUGUUCGAGAUGUUCAUGAAGGCUCGCGCUACGACCAAGGUGAUCGAGGGCCCUGGCGAUAUUGAAGGUUGGCAGGACGUUACCGACGAGGACAAGGAAAAGGUUGUCGAGUUGAUUGACGAAACGAUGCAGGCGCGCGAGAAAGGCGCCUCUACUUCCGCGAGUCGAAAAUCCGUUCAGAAAACCCUGAAUUUUGGCCAAAAGCCCCUGAAAGAACCGGACGAGGACGGCGCCGAUGAGAAUGCGGAAACGUCUCCGAGCAAAAAGGGCAAGAAACAAGCUAAAGAAGAGGAGAAGGAAGAGGAAGAUGACGGGGACAAGCCCGAUGAAACUAGCCGCUUCAACUCGUUUGAUAAGUUCUGCAAACUGUGCGACGUCAUCGCCACCUUCAACAAGCACACAGAUAAGGCGGCAAAAAUUCGCCAGUUCUUUGACAAAAGUGGCUACGACGGCGACACGCAUACGAUCAUGCGGUUUCUGAUCCCGAGCAGCGACCAGCGAGUCUACAAUUUGAAGGAGAAGCAGCUGCUCAAGCAUUUUUCCGCUAUUUACAACGAGCCCCUCGAUCGUCUGACGGCCAGCUACAACAAGAGCGGCGACCUCUCGGAGACGAUCAGCGAAGUAGCGGCCAAAAGCGACAAAUUCCCCGAAAUCACGAAUAGUGGAUGGAGCAUUCAAAAGGUGGAUCGCUAUCUGAAGAAGCUGGCUGAGAAAACGAAAGACGAGGACCAAGUCGAGCAUCUGCGCUUUAUCGCUAAACGGCUGUCAUCGGCCGAGAUCAAAUAUCUACUGCGACUGGUGAAGAAGGACAUGCGUUUCAACGCCGGAACCAAGGUCAUCAUGGACGGCCUGCACCCGAAAGCCUAUGAAGCCUAUCAGAGCUGCCGUGACAUGCGCGAGAUUGUGCGGCGCGUCGAGACCGGGUUGCUCAGCUCGAAGACGCUCGACGUCGACAUCAGCCUCGGCACCCCGAUAUUGCCCAUGCUCGCGGAAGCCUGUAAAUCGGUCGAAUUUGCGAUGAAGCGCUGCCCCAACGGCAUGCUGGCCGAGAUCAAGUAUGAUGGAGAACGAGUGCAGGUUCACAAAAAGGGCAAGGAAUUUUCCUUCUACUCCCGGUCGUUGAAACCGGUGCAAGAUCACAAGGUGGCGCCGUUCCAGAAAAUCAUUGCCAAGGCGUUCCCCGACGUUGAAAACCUGAUUCUCGACGCGGAAGUGCUGAUGGUGGACACUGAAACGAGCAAGCCACUCCCGUUCGGCACCCUCGGCAUCCACAAGCGCGAAAAUUUCAAGAAUGCUGCCCCCUGCCUGUUCGUCUUUGACUGUCUUCUGCACAACGACACGGCCGUCAGGAAUCUCCCCCUCCAACAGCGCAAAAAGUUCCUCGAGGACAACCUGAAAGAGAUCCCGAACAGCAUCAUGCACAGCAACUAUCAAGUCAUCAAGAAUGGGGAAAAUCACAAGCUGAAGACGAUGAUCCUCGACGCGAUCGAUGAGGGGCUUGAGGGGCUGGUGAUGAAGGAUCUCAACGGCGUCUACGAGCCGGGCAAACGGCAUUGGCUGAAGGUGAAGAAGGACUAUCUGGAAGAGGGCGGCAUGGCCGACACGGCCGACCUGAUCGUCCUCGGCGCCUACUACGGCACCGGCAAUAAAGGCGGCCUGAUGUCCGUUUUCCUGAUGGGCGUCUACUGCGAGAAGACCAAGUCCUACCGCACGGUCACCAAGUGCGGCAACGGGCACACCGACGAGAUACUGGAGCGGAUAAACAAGGAGCUGAAGCCGAAGAUGAAACAAAUCAACCAGAAGGCGAGCAAGCUGCCCAGCUGGAUCCGAUGCGCCAGCGGACUGUGCCCAGAUUUUGUCAUCGAGGACCCCGAGCAGGCGCCGGUUUGGGAGAUUACCGGCGCCGAAUUCUCGAAAUCGGACAAACACACCGCCGACGGCAUCUCCAUCCGCUUCCCGCGCGUCACCCGAAUUCGCGACGAUAAGGACGUCAGCACGUCGACGUCGCUGAAGGAGCUGAAGCGGCUCUUUGAAGCCUCCAAAGAAAAGUGUGACAUCGAACGGGACGCCACCGACAAGGUGCCGCUCUACGCCAAGGACCGGAUGUCGCUUGGGAAAGCCAUGCACGAGCCCGAGGAUGUAAAACCCGAGACCUCGAAGGCCGAGGAAGACGUGAAGCCGUCGAAGAAGCGGAGCGCACUAUCUGAAAACACCAGCCCGAAGGCGAAGAAGGUGAAGCCGGAAGCAAAGGAGGAAGAAGCGGAUGAUGUGGAGAUGAAGCCUGAAACUGCAAAAGACGAUGACGAGGAUAAGGAGCAGAUCAAGGAGAAAAAGACGAAAACGAAGGAAGCGAGCUCCCAGAAAGCCGGCGAGAAGCAGAAAUGCCCAUACGGCUCGCUCUGCUAUCGCACCAAGAACAAGGAGCACAUGGCCGAGUACGAGCAUAUCACGAAGAAA